AUGGAUCUUAUUUUCCGUACUCUUAAUGUAAGACUGAUUGAAAUAAACGGGCAUAGAGAGUUAAGUGCCAAAUUAAAAACGUUUACUGACGAACAACGGGUUAUAUAUACAUUUAAUUUGCUUGAAAAGUUUGGCAUCCAGCCAGAAUCGACAUGCUUCCAAAAAGAUACGGAAAAAUCUGUCAAUAAAAGGAUAAAAGGUAACAAAAUAUAUACCUCAAGAUUUGCCAAUGCUGAACAGUACGUUAAUGCAUGGGAAAUGUACUCGGAGAGCAUCGCUUAUGCUCUUCCUGGAUCUGAAGAACUUGCUCUGGCCUAUGGAAAUAGAUCCGCAGUUCUGUUUCGCCUAAAAAAAUAUAAGGAGUGUCUGGAAGAUAUCGAGAGAGCUUUGAGUUCCAAUUAUCCUGAUGAUUCAAGGCCGAAACUGUUGCUACGUAGAGAAAUGUGUUUCAAAGUUCUCGGAGAACUUGACAGAGAAAAGAAGUUUCAGGAAACCCAUCAACUAAUGGAGAAAAUGUCUGUGAAGGAAGGUUCAAAAGCUGUUCUUGAAAAUAUGGUUCGGAUGAUCAAGCUCGAUGAGUUACGUGGGAAGGUAAAUGAAAAGGAAUAUCCUCUUCCAGAGAUUGCCUCUUGCAAUCCCGAAGUUCCUGUCGCCUCCGAUGGCGUACAGAUUAAAUAUGACGACAUUUUUGGAAGGCAUCUCGUAGCUACUCGCGACAUAAAACCUGGGGAAAUACUUGUCGUUGAGAAGCCUUAUGCUCUGGUCUUGGCACCGGAACGGAGGUAUACGCAUUGUGCCAAAUGUUUGACUAUUGCUUGGAACGGCAUCCCAUGUGACCAUUGCGUUUAUGCGAUGUUUUGUUCCGAGAAGUGCAAGGAGGAUGCCUGGAAAGAGUUCCAUGAUAUCGAGUGUCCUGUAGUUGGUCUUCUGCUGAAUCUACAAAUGGAUACACUGGGCCUACUGAGUAUGAGGCUUGCUAUUAUUAUCACGAGGAAAAUGGGUAGUUUGGAAGCAUUGCGGAAAGAACUGGAGAUUGUCGAUAACUGGAAAGAUCCUCGGACAAGAGGGUACUCGGAUGAUGGCAAAUUUGACAACGAAAAUUAUCGUGCUGUAUAUAGUUUAAUGACUAAUGCUGACAAGAGAUCCAUGGCAGAUAUUUUUGGAAGAGCAUUAAAUACAACGUACAUUCUUUUUUUUUUGGCCACAAGAACUGAGAUGUUUGGAAAGAAACUGAAAGCAAGCCUUCCAGCGCUUUUGAAGAGCUCGAAGUUUACCUUUGUUGGCGGAAUGAUAUUGCAUCAUCAGCAAAUGAUUCCUAUCAAUACCUACAUGUUUUCAGAAGAACGAGAGCAUGAAUGUGUUAUAACUGGUGCAGCCCUGACGACAGUUUCUAGUCUUUUUAAUCACAGUUGCAAUCCCAAUGUUGAUUGGAAUGCGAUGAAGCAGCAACUAGUUUUUUCUGCUCUUUAUCCAAUUAAAAAAGAUGAACAGUUGUUCGUUAGUUACGGAUUUAUGUAUGUCACUAUGGAAAAAGAGGCUAGACAGAAGAAACUCAAGGAGCAGUUUUACUUUGAAUGCCGUUGUCAACCAUGCGAAGAGAAUUGGCCUAUGUACUUUGAACUGAUGUCGUAUACGCGGUGUAUCACUUCUCGACGUAAGGUAGCAAUAAUUAAGAAAGCUCUCAGAAAUUUGAAUCGAUACAAAUACCUAGCAGACGUGGGAGAUAUUGAGUCUGAUCCGGACAUGUUGAAGAAUCUGUUCAAGAUGACCGAAGUCUUGUCUGAAUGUGCACCUUGUAAAGAGUACAGCGACGUCAUUGAAACAAUUAAACGUGUCAUUGCUUUACGAGGAAACUCGUUUUUCAUAUUGAAACUUCUGCUACCGUAA